AUGACGACGUCCUUGAGUAUAAAGCGACAAUCGGGCUUGGUAAGCACGUUGUUGAGAAUGCGGCAACAGUCGGGCUGGGCAUUGGUGGUGGAUCCGGCGGCUUGUGGUGACAGCGACAGUGGUGAAGUGGUGAGCCCCAAGGAGGUCUUUGUGGGGCCGAUUCAAGACCUGUGGAUGGCAACGGGUUUUGGUGGAGAGGGCAGGGUUCACUGCCUUGAGGUGUUUGCCGGUGAAGCGGAGAUCUCCGGCGCUUUUGCUGCUCAUGGUUUGGGGGUCUUGCGUCCUCGAGAUAUCAGGUAUGGAGAUGAUCUACGUGACCCUGAGGUGCGUGCAAACAUCUUGGAGGAGGUGCGGCAAAGAAGGCCAAAAGUGGUUUGGCUGGCCCCGCCGUGCACGGCGUGGUGUGCAUUUUCCAGGCUGAACCACACCAAGCAAGAGCGACGGCGCAUUCGUCGUCGUGAGAAGGUCUUUCUGGAAUUUAUUGACGAGGUCUUCUUGAUCCAGCGCAUGAAUGGAGGGCAUGUCGUGGUUGAAAAUCCAGCCACUUCUGACAUUUGGCUUCACCCCAUUUUGGCGAGGUGGGCUCGUGACAACCAGGUGGAGAGUUUUGUCCUCCACAUGUGCGCUUUUGGUCUGGAGUCGAUAGCACACCCUGGCAUGGCCUUGAAGAAGAGCAUCAAGUUGAUGGCAACAGAUCCGAGCUUCAGACAAGUGCUGGAGAGGAGGUGCAACCAACAACAUGAACACGCUCGAGUACAGGGCAAAGACACCAAAUGGUCAGGCGUUUACCCGCCUGGGUUUGCUGAGGCGGUGGUUGAGGCGACCAAGAGCGCUGGAGCUCAUCAAGUUUUGGUGGCUGAAGACGGCACGGGCCGAGAUUUGGAGAUGGAAGUCAUACCCGAAGAAGCUAGUGGUAGCAGAGGGGCAAGCGACAUCACCUUCAAGGGGACGGUUUCUGGCAAGGUAGCUGGUGCUCUGAGGAGGAUGCAUCAGAAUCUUGGGCAUCCUUCGAAUCGUGACAUGGUGAAGCAUCUGACUCUUGGGAGAGCUCCGAAGGAGAUGGUGGCGGCAGCUCAUAACCUCCACUGCAAGACCUGUACGAGAUGCAAGCGCCCGCCGGCGCACCGUGUCACAAAGCCGGCGACCCUGCUAGACUUCAAUGAGGCGGUGGCCCUGGAUAUCAUCUACAUCGAUACGGUGGAGUCCAAGGGCAACUUGGCACUCAACAUGGUGGAUGUGGCAUCGUCCUACCAGGUAGCCAUACCCAUUGAAAGUCCGCAUGCUCCUGUGGUCUCCGAAGCCUUCUACAAGCAUUGGGUAGCUUGGGCAGGGGUACCUGCCAAGAUUAUCCUUGACUUAGACACAUCAUUCCAGGACAGCUUCUGGGAGAUCACCUCCGGCGACAGCAUCUGCAUGAGGAGUGCCGCGGGUCAGGCACACUGGCAGAAUGGGGUGGCGGAACGAUACAAUGGAGCAUGGAAAGAUGUGUGGGAUCGUGUUUGCCUGGAGUGUAGCGUCACCGACAAAGACUUGCAAUGGGUUUUUGGAAGCAACGGAAGACUGGUCCCAGAUCCUGAAGAUGGCGCUGAACAAUUGAGCGCGCUCAGCAACAUCACUGCGGAUGAGAAGAUGGCGCGCGAACAGACUCUCAGAGUGGCAGCGCGCAUGGCCUUCUUCCAAGGCCACUCUGUAGAUGCAGUGCGGAAAGCCUUGGCUCAUCGACCUCGGGUGCAACCCAAGGAGUUCAAGCCGGGCGACAUGGUCUAUGUCUACCGCGAGAACAAGAGCAAAGGGAAACGAGUGUCUUCCAGGUGGCUUGGCCCUGCCACUGUGAUCGGCCCAGAAGGUUCUAACUACUGGGUGGCUCGUGGUGGUCGUUGUCUUUUGGCGGCAGGUGAACAUCUUCGCAUGGCAGAACAUGAAGAAGUCAGCGAGGCGUUGCGGAUCAAAGCAGUGCUCCAUGAGGUGAAGAAAGCCCUGGAUGCUGACUUCGAGGAGGCAGUCGACGACAUGGCUGUGGGUGAUAUGGAGGUGGACGAGGAUAUGAGCUUCGAAGCGCUUUUGGAUGAGGCGGUGAUGGGCGAUGAGCCACCACCACAAGCCGGGCGUGCCAGCGCUCGAGAUGUCGAACGAGCACAUCGAUCUCAAGAGGCAGAAGUGUGUUUUGAGCGCCUUGCCAAGCAGUCCAGGCUCUUGGACGAUGUCCCGGUGUCAGUCAGAAAGCACCUCCGGACGCAUGAACCUGGUGAACCUCGCGGUGGUGGGUCAGCGAAUGUGAGGUUGUUUGAAGUAGAGCUUUCGAGGCGCCUCCACUCCAUUGAGGAAGGACUGAUGCCUGGACAACUGGUGGAGAUCGUGAAGGGAGUCUUUGGGCUCUCAACAGCCCCCAAACUAUGGUGGAUUAAACUCUCAACCGAGUUGAUGCAGAUCAAGAUCCCCUAUUAUGGCAAGGAGGAGAUUUACGUGGAGCAGAACGAGAUAGACCCCUGCGUGUUCUUACUCAAAGGGCACGGCGGCAGGGUGGUUGGCGCCAUUUUGACACAUGUGGGGAAUCUCAUGAUCAUGACAGAGCCAGCCCUACACCAAGAACUGCAAGCCGAGAUCAGCAAGCGCUUCCCCAUCGAUGACUGGGAAACCGACGCCUUUGAGUAUGUGGGGUGCCAGUACGAGAUUGGCCCUGAAGAGAUCAAGAUCUCUCAAGAGAACUAUGCACAGAGCCGACUGGAGAAGGUGCGCAUUCCUGGCGGGCUGAAUGACAAUGACCCAGCUCCUGAGGAAAUGAUCCAACAGAACCGUACGACAGUCCGCUGUUUGUCCUGGCUGGCGAAGCAGACCCGGACAGAUAUUCAAUUCAUGGUAGCACAGGCUCAACGUCUUCAAGCAAAUCCUACGGUUGGUGAUGUGAAGAACACCAACAAGAUUGUUGACAUGGCCAAGCGCUUCAAGGACGAAGGCAUAAAGCUCAAGAAAAUUGAUGUGAAUGACAUGAUAAUCCUUGCCUUCCACGAUGCGGCUUGGGCGAAUGUGGAUUUGGAGGAAGAGAUCGACCCAGCUUGGGACGGAGACACCAAGCUUUCAUCACAGCUUGCGUGUCUGAUCAUGGUCGCCGACAGAAAAGUCUUGGAGAACAAAGAGGGCAACGCCUCAUUUGUGGACUGGCGUAGCUGA